AUGGCCGUGAAUACGUGUUAUAUUUGCAUGAUGAAAUAUUCCAUAAUAUUCUCCUCGUUAUCUUAUUCCUUUGUUAAAUUCAAUUGCCCCCAUUCGAAGAAACCUUCGAGGAAACCGCGCAUCCGUUGCGCCCCGAACAGACAGCGCUUGGGCUUUCUUUUGCAAAUUUUGGCGAUAAUUCUGGGCGUAGCGGAAUUAUUCAUCGCCAUAAAAACCGAAGAUAUCACCGAUAACACCACGAUAUUAAACAUUUUAAGCCUCACGUCUACUAUAUCCGUUACUUACGCUCUAUUAAAGGCUAACUGGUCUUGGAAAGCAUUGAUAGACGAUAUGAAAACCGCAAUGUACAUCUCCGAAUUUCUAAGCAAGUUUAUUGUAGAUGAUAAAUGGUUUAGAGUGUUCUAUGUAUUUUCUGUUGGUUGGAUGGGGUAUUCGUCUUUGUAUUAUAGCAGUCAAUUAUUUUUUAUGUGGGUUGGAGAACCAAUCAAUUACUUGUUGUAUUUGAAGUCUAUUAAUUUGUCGAUUUUUGGAUACCUAAUGUCUACGUUCAUAUUAAGGAUUAUCGUGGAUACUUCGGUUAAUAUAGUGUUCAUGCAAAGAUUGUUCGCUCAACUCGACAGGGAACUGUCCCAAAAACUUAGAGAAUUGGAUAUUCGGUAUAUUUGCCUGCCACAGGCGACGUUCGCUAGGAAAAUAAGAACGCUCAGAAGGUUUUACAUGGCAGUUUUGGUGAAUUUUCAAAGGACGAGGAUUCGCUUCAACAGCUCACUCGAAAUUUUGGUAAUGUCGAAUUUCAUAAUAGCCAUUUGGAUAAUGGCGAUUACUUGCGUGAUACUCAUAGGAAGGAGAACGUUGUCUCUUAGCGAGUAUAUAAUAAUUCUUUGGUUUGGUUUGAGGACCUUGUUUGUUUAUUGUUUUGCUAUUGUUUGCGAUUUCAGUAACAUUUUGAUUAAAAAACAACAAACCGCAUUGUUUAAAUUUCCAUCAGAAAAACUGUCGAGCGAAGAGAAAAUUGAGUUAGAGAAUUUCGUAAAAUUGCUUGUUUGGAGAGAACCUAUGAAGACCGUCAGGGAUUCGUACAGGUUCGGGAUAUCCACAGUGGCUGGUAUAGGGUUAAAUAUCGUGGUCAAUUCAAUGGUUGUAACCCAACUCUACAUAUUUUUCGACAAUCAAUUAAAUUCUAAAUAA